ACUAAGCCAUGCAGGUGGACUUUUCACACCUUUGCCGUCGUGUUCACACAAAACUACUACAAAUAUCCAUACUGUACAUUUUCUUAGUAUUCCAUUAGUUGUACUAUCCAUCUUCUUGAAACCAUAAGGAUAUCCAUGAUGAAUUUCAUCCAGACCUGCCUUCUGAUAUCGUGCCUGGUCAUUUCGGCUCCAGCAAUGUUCUUUGAGCUGUUGCAGCAGAAGGAAAGGUGUAUAAUUGAGGAGAUUCCUGAGGACACCCUUGUCACAGGUUAUAUCUUAUUAGAACACUGGGAUAAAAAGCAGGACCACUCUCCACACCUUGGCUUAACCAUCACAGUUAAAGACCCUAAUCUUGAGGUAUUGUUGAUGAAACGAUUUGGCAAAUAUGGAAAAUUCACCUUUACAUCCCAUUUCUCUGGUCAGCAUUUUGUCUGUGUGAAAUCAAACACUACAAGAUUUUCUGUCUUUGCAAACGAACGUUUGAAAGUGCAUCUAGAUGUGCAGAUGGUCGAACACACCAUCGACCCCAGCGCUGUCAAGACCAAAGACACCAUUGAAUCUGUGGAGUUUAAAAUACAGCACCUGAUAGGCCAAAUGCAGUACAUCAGCAAGCAGCAAGACUUCGAAAGGGAACGUGAGGAAACGUUUCGCCAAAUGAGUGAAGAAACAAAUGGAAAUGUUUUGUGGUGGGCAAUAAUCCAGACCUCAAUACUACUUACUGUGGGAUUCUGGCAAAUGAGAAGCCUGAAGAACUUUUUCAUCAAAAAGAAAUUGGUCUAACAACUAUUUAGUUAUGGCUAAAUAAGAAUCUACCUAAAGUGAGAGCUUGCAUAACUAACAAAGAUUAGCCAUUUGUCAUAUAAAGUUAGCUAACUAUAUAACUGCUUCUUUACUAUUUGUCUAACUAGUGUUUGCCUUACUACAUCGAGUGGUGUUCUCAACCAUGUUUUUGACUGCCUACCUGAAUAAUAUAAUAAAGUCUGUACUUAACGUACUGCACACCUUCCCAGUUUUUGUAGGUUAAUGCUAGUUACCUACAGUGGAUUCAGACUGCUGUCAAAGCCAAGCCAAGAUAAAUCAUGUCAGAUAUAGCAACCGACAAAAUUAUAUAAAAUACACACACAGGAAAGAACUUUUAAUGUACCGUUUUGCAAAAAUAUGCAUCUUCUAUAACUAAUACUUAGUAAAAACACCACUUGCUUGUAGUUCAUAUAGUAUUUCUUGAGUAUGAGUCUACCAACUUAGCAGAUUGCGAUUUGGCAAUCUUAUUCUGCUUCUUCUUGCAAAGAAAUGCUUCAGAUCUAACUAUUUUGAAUAGAUCCCCAGUCCCAGGUAAAGAGAAGGAGCCCCAUAGUAUGAUGCCGCCACCACCAUGUUUCACUGUGGGAAUGCAGCUCCCUUGUUUUUAUUCCAAAGACAUAGUUUAGAAUUAUGCCCUUAAAGUACUACCU